AUGGAGAUGGACAGUCUUGCCGAAAGACUAAGGGAGCUGGAUCCUGUAUGGGUGUCUGGCUUCAAGAGGCUGGAGAGCUGCGACGAGUUCUACCAGAGGGUUAAGUUUCUUCUGCAUGCUUCAGAAUCGGUAUACAUUGCAUCAUUGUUCUUUGGGGAGGGCACGAGGAUGGCAGAGAUUCUCGACAUUCUUGAGGAAAGAAAGAGAAAGGGACUUGUAACAGUCAUCCUCAUUGACAAAAACAGAGGGACCGUCGGCAGAGGGCUGGAGUCCAUAAGAAGGAGGGGGCUGGAGUUCAUGUUCCACUUGGUCGACCUCUCCACGUCCAGCUUGCUUCCUAAAAGGCUGAACGAACUCCUCAGGGUGUUUCACACAAAGGCCCUAGUCUUCGACAACAUCGUCAUAUUGUCCGGUGCAAACAUGGACAACUCAUACAUGAUAAGUAGAGUAGACAGAUAUCUUGAGGUCCAGAGCGAGGAAUUAGCAGAUAUGAUCAAAUCGAAAGUCUUUGGAAUCAGACACCUGGAUGCCAGGAGAACGCCACUCCGCGGUCUUCCCGUAUGUAUAGGGAUGUUCAAAGAAGAGAAAGAGCCAUCCAUAGUACGCUCGUUUCUGCAGGAUUUCGACGAAAUACACAUCUCCACGGGAUAUCUGAACCUUCCAUCCAGCUAUCUUAAGAUGUUCAACGGGAGAAAGAUAUCCCUGUAUGCACCAUGUCCAGACGAAAACUCCUUCGACUCGUUCGGAUUCGUGGAAAGGUUCGUGGGCCCUAUCUACUCAUACAGCUUCCGUAGAACCCUCGAGUCCGUCCCGACCCUUUCCAUCCACGAGCUAAAGGAGGACGGGCAUUCGUUCCACUUGAAAGGACUCUGGGGAUUCAAGCACUGCAUGGCUGCAACAGUCGUGGGCUCAUCCAACUUCAACAGAAGAAGCACAGAGAGAGACGACGAGACAAACUACCUGGUAGUCACAUCGGACCAGGAGCACAUUCAGAGGCUGAGGGCAGAGGUCGAGUGUCUCAGAAGGAGUUCAAACCCAAGAACCCUGAACCAGCUCAGAGGAAGGACAUACCGAUUGAUUGCAAUCAUACUUUUUCUGAUUUUCAAUAGGUUUUUGUGA